GUGUAACUCUCUUACUCGUGUCUCCCUCCUCUCGUAUGCUCGUCUGUUCACCCUCCUUUCCCCACUCCCACUUUCGACAACCACCACGUCCCAAUCACCGAGCACUCAACUUCGUCAAGGCGGGCGGGCGGUCACAGUGCGCUCACACACGCGGCGCGAGAGUUGAAAUUCCGGGAAUUCUUGGAUUUGGUCAAAGGUUAGUCCCAAGUUAAAAUGUCUCGCUCGCGUUAACUCCCCUCCCCCUCUCUCUCCCCCCACUUCCAACUACAACCUUGUUUUCCUCCUUUGUUUAUAUACAUGCUGAUCGGUGCGGGUGUAGUUAGUGAUCUGACCGCUCGCUUGUGUGACAUAAUGACUCGUUCCGCCGUUCUUUGUAGUUCUAGAGAUCUAUAGUGCAUCUUCUAAAGGGAAUCUGUGAUUGUUCGAUACGAGAUUUAAUCACAGCAAGUGAGACAAAAGGGAAUGUUCUGAUCAAGUCAUCGUGUUAGGUCAAAAUGUUCCAGAGUUCUAGAGAAUUAAGAACGAUUUGACACCAAACUUGUUGGAUACUUGUUGAAACAGCGAGGAGCUUUAGAUUCAUUGGUUCUGUGAACAACUGGAUUCUAUGAGUGCCUUGACCAGUGGUUCUCACAAACUCUUUGAAAUCAAAGACUACGCUAAACUUUGUUUUUGCCAGAUAUUUUAGCAAGAUGUCAAAAAACACUAAGUUGCAUAUACUCGCCUUCACAUGCGCGCGCUUUCCUAUCAUGAAGUAGGACCCUGGAAUUUGUAUCCGUGACCUCAACUUUGGCCCAUUUUCCCAUCUUCGCAUGGGGCUACAGUGUUCUUGUAGUGAUGUUUUUAUUGCUCGGAGAAGCAGACAUUGAGCCCGAUUGUUCUCAUUCCUACUUGAGCCUAUACUAUGGAUUACCUCGCUUUGGGAAGGAGCGACUGUAGAAGACUAUUUAUGUUCCGAAAAUUGGACGUUCUCUUGAUCUCAUAAAUGUGAGAGUCGUUGUGGUCUAGUUACUUUAAUCUUUUGAAGAACUAGAUACAGUCCAGGACUAAGAACUACAACACAACAUAAUGGUAGACUUAGAUCUUGUGGGCUAAGACAAGUAGACACCCUGCUCAUGCCCUAAUUGGAUGCAUGUGUUUCUGAAAUAUAGGCGGUCGAGAGGCCCUUUAGUAACCCUUUGGGAUCAGUCUGUUCUGCUACAGAAGAAUGUUCUACUAGAACAGACAUUGUCAACGUUUGUGCUCAUUUUUAUAAUUAGAGCAUUGAAAGGGACACGCUUUGUAUUCAUUUGCAAGGAUUGUGGUAAAAGUGCUAGUAUUGUGGAUGCAGAGUAUAUGUUGGUUUGUUGCACUGUUCACAUACAAACUAAAGAUGGAAGGAAUCAAUAUGUCGGCGGAGCAAGUAGCAUGACACAGUUCUUAGUGUCAUCUAGAAGUGAACAUUGUAGUCAACCUUCUGAAUGCCAAUCUUGUAGCUCAUCUUUCGUAUAUUUGAAGCGGCCAGCAAAUCUUCCAGAAGGAUCUGUACACCAGCUUGAUGAUCGUCCCCGGCUCGACCUGGGCCAAGCUCCUCUUUCAAUGCAUACUUCGGACGGUAAAGAGAAACAGUUGCAGACAUCAUCAGAUCAAACACUUUUUCGGCACCCAGGGUCGCUUCAACCUACCAGUCACCUUUUACAGCAGCAGAAGCAGUACCACUACCCGUCAAGCUCCCAAACGUAUCACAUCGCUGGUGGUCAUCCUCAUGAUGCGCUUGCUUCAUCUCAGUCACCAGUUUCAUCCAGGCAAGCCCGCUAUCCCAGGGAAGAGGUUCGCCAAGAGGUUUACUCUCAAAAAUAUGGUAACUAUCAGUUCAGCAGUACCCAGUGUCAACCUUCUGAGUCGCAGUCACUCACCCAUUACCAGCAAUCAUGCCAAGGAAGUUCCGAAUCACCACAAAGGUAUUGGGAUCCAUCCCCUAGGUUGAAACAAUCUCAGUGGACUAUGGAUAGGUAUCAGCAUCCUGUUCCUUAUUCUUCUGAAAAGCAGAGCCCCAACAAACUUAGUGGCAAACCUCAAGCAGCCUCAUAUCCUCAAGAGAACUGGCAUGAGAUGCAGCUGAUCCCAGUGGCAGGGGCAGCGAUUCUUCCUGAGAUACAAAUGACAGAGUUGUUAAGUGAAAGCGACAUCGCUGCCCCUUGGCUACCUAACACUCCAGACAAUUUGUCACCCACCGUGCACAUUGUCCAGAAACUGUCUCAAGCUACUGUAAGUGAUAGCCAAUGUGUGGAUACUCAUAUAAAUACGCCACCGGGGAACACCUCCCCAAAGACAACAAAGUCAAUGAUACUACAAGUCCCCGUUCAGGACAGGUCACCUUCACUAAGCCCAAUGGCCGGACAUAAGAUGAAGCAGCUGUUCGUGUUUCCCGAUGUGCAUCAACUGGCACCAGCCAAACUUGGUUCUACCCUGGAGAGCGCAGUUCUGAACGUUUCAGUCCCUGGCGUGAUAGAGAGUCAGAGAAGACGCUACGUGUCAUCUGGAAGUAGUGGCGACUCAUCCAAUGCCGGAGACAACACAAAAGGUUCUAGCAGCGCUGGACCUGACGGAGGUCGACAUAGAUUUCUCAGUGGAGAUACGGAUGUAGACGACACCAUAGUUGACUCUGAAACAGGCUCAAGUGUAUUAGAGGACAGUGGCAGCAGCAGAGAACAAAGCCCCUUCCGCCCCGACACCAAGCCUGUUAGUCUAAGGUCUUCUCCGUCUAGGCGCGUUACCUCCCCAUCAGACAGGAAAACUCUACACAGGCAGCAAGGUAUUUUGGGAGAAGAAGAAUUUGAAUUCCUUCACCCAGAUUCAGACAGAAGCUCCCAAGAUGAUAAGUUACAGCCUCCAAAGUUUAAAAGAAGGCUGCAUGAGCGUUAUGUCUCUAGCUUGAAAGACGAAUCAUCUGUUCACGGGGAAGGAAGCAGCGAUGUGUUGGUAUCCUAUGAUGUUUCAGGUGAUCUCAAACCAACACUCAAGCUUGAGAGCGUGUCCAGUGACUUUGACGAGGAAGAGAGCUCCAUGCCCAAAAGCCCUAGACGCUCUCUGGCUGAUGAGAGUUAUCGGGGAGACUCGCACGAACUGAGCGCAGAUGAAGGUGACGUGUUUAUGGAGCCUGCUAGGAUAUCGCAAAAGUCGAAACCGAGAAACCAGCAGCAGCCUUUGGAUCUGUCUCGAGCCCCAUUAGGCGUCUCGACAUUCCAUGGCAUGUACAGGACUUCCUCAUUGCCAGAAUCUGACACGCCUACCAGCUCGCCUGGUCCCAAAUCCCACUAUUCUCCUUUGUUACGGUCCACACACAGACUGAAUUUCUCUCCACACGGACUCAUGUCCCCACAGUCGCCCCUGUGUUCAGUGCCAGAGGGAGGGAGGAUUUUUAAUUUCAACAUGCCCAGUUCAUAUGAAGCCGCGGGAGCUCACUCGGACACUGAUAUCAUUUCCCCUAGCCCCAUGUCUCCAAGAUUCUUUACCUUCCCCUCCAUCAAUCCUCCCCAUUCGUCAACGCCUCUGCUGAACCCCAUGUCGGAGGUGAACAGGCUGGCUGUUUCUCCUCGCGCACUGUAUCCGACUUCCCCGAUCCAGUUCUCCCUGAGAUCAAAAACUGUGGCUCACGUCAAGUGGGAACACUAUUCCAAACGGUCGUUCUCAGAUUCGGAUGUAGCCUAUCAGUGCCCUGUGUGUGGUCAAGUGUUCCCGUCAAAUGACAAUUUGGCCAAGCACAUGGCUAAACAUCUGCCAACCGAGACUGUUCGAUCGGCAGACAACAAUAAAAUCCACUACUGUAAAGUGUGCGACCGGUCAUUUUCAAGGUCGGACAUGCUGACUAGGCACAUGAGACUUCAUACUGGCCUCAAGCCAUACGAGUGCAUGGACUGCGGACAGGUUUUCAGCCGCUCGGACCAUCUCAAUACGCACAAACGCACUCACACGGGAGAGAAGCCGUACAGGUGCCCCCAGUGUCCGUAUGCUGCCUGCAGGAGGGACAUGAUCACUCGCCACAUGCGAACUCAUUCAAAGCGCACGCCGAAGCGAGGCCGCUACCUCUCGGUCCCCGACGACGGGGCCGAUGCGCGCAAGAGCUCUGUGUCCAGCACAGAGACCUCCGAGUCGCACGAGCUUUCCGUGGGCCUGAAUUGCUCCUCUAUCUCCAGUAUAGAGAGCCUGGACCUGGAGAUGGGACAGGGACGCAGGCGCCUGAUGCAAGCGAGCGUGGAGUCGCUGCCUUCCACCGAUGACCCCAGCAACGUGGCUCGGACAUCGACCAGCAGCAAAGAGUCCGAGGAUAUAGAAGACUUCACGGCUGACUUCUCCCCUGCACAUUGGUUAGCUGGCAGGAAAGCCGUCGAUCCAACUAACAGUUCGGCAUUCCUGGAUCAGAAGAGCGCCACCCGGCACACCUCGGAGGAAGAAGCUGUUGUAGAAAAACAUCCCCACGAAACACGGAGCCACGCCUCUAAUCGACAGCAUUGCCCAAAGACGUCGCCCUUUGCUGGGCAGGGGCCCCACUAUAUGAUAAGCAGCACUGCCCAUCAAGGCAACCCCACCAACCUUCCUCAGGAGUCUUCUUGAUGUUCAAGUCCUGUUCUAUUGACCUAGUGUAGAACUGUUGCCUCCCCUGUACAUUGUAUUUUCACUGACUUAUGUCAGGUGUUCAAAUCAUCCACGUGAUAGUCAUGGCUUCUUCAUGUACCACAAGAAUAACAGUCAUUCUAUUAAUGAGUUUUAAUUAACCUAUUUUUUUUUUAAUUUUGAUGUAACCACAGGGCAGUUCAUUAGUUUACUGCUUUUUUAGUUUUGUUAUCCUCACUGACCAAUGGUCUGUGCUAUAUGGAAUUAGUUAAAUGUCUUCUCCUUACCCACACUAUGUGCAUAAUAUAGCAAUCAGUCAUUCUACACAAAUUGUACACUAGUAUUGUCAUAAUGAUGUGAACAAUGUUUUCCUCCACAGACACAAUUUCAGACAAUCAGUCUCAAUUUGAUUGUUGAUAUGUGUCUAAUAGCUUAACAACUAAUUGAACAAAAAUUUUUUUUCUAAGGUAACAUUGAGCACACUAAUUGUAACCAUGAUAGUCUGUUGACAGUAUAGUGUGUUUACAAAUGUAACGUGUUCCAAUCCUAAUUUCUAUUCACAUGACUUGUUACGAUCAGUGGAUUCAUAUUAUAUAUGUGUAUGUUUCGAUGAAUGGUUGGGCUUGGUAUAACGAGAAUGUGGCCGAGGGCACUGAUUAUUAGGUUCAAGUCUGUCGGUUAAGUUUCACUCGACUAAAUUGAGCUGAUUCUCAUUAAUAAUAUAAAUGUUUGGCUUCUCUGUUUAUCCGGCACCAGUCACCGUUACCUUGUCAGUCACUGACAUCUUGUCUGGCAAUGACACAUUGUCAGUCACUGACAUCUUGUCUGGCAAUGACACAUUGUAAGUCACUGACACCUCGUCUAUCAUUGACGUUGAGAAGCAAUGUGUAUAUCUUGUAGUAAGCUAAAACACUAGUAAAAUAUCUACUGACCAACAGCUAAGGUCAUUUGACCUUUUUAACCAAGAGUCCAGACACAAAUUGUUUAACUUUGUUACAUUUAAUCCGGUGAUUAUUAUUUUAUUUUUUGUAUUUUGACCUUUUCCCAAUCCUUGUUGUUUCUCAUCACCCAGUCUGACUGGUGUUGACACUAUAGCGUUAGCUGCCAUCGAUGACUCGAUAAGAAUAUAAAUUUUUGAAUAAAAGAUGCUGAGGUUCCUUCACAGUAGCAGCUGUCACAGCAAAAUGCUUCAUUUAUGUCUGCUACGUCAGACCCCAGCCUAGUUCGUUUGGUUUAUUGUUGUUGUGUUGUUUCCUACUAGUCGUUGUAGACCACGGCCUCUAGUAAAAUGUCGACUUCCGCCUUGGUCCAACAAGCCUGGUAAGAUGUGUGGCAAUGUGUGGUGUGAAGGGAUGAUGCUAACAUCUUCUCACGUAUUUUGAGGACCAUCAAGUGUGAUGACAUACGCUACGCCCUCUAUCAGUGCCAUGAAUUGUAGAAUUCUGCUUUGAGCUAACUGUGAUUGUAUGUUGUCUUCAAGUGUGAUGUGUACAUACAGCGUUAGAGGAGCUUUUGUUUUUCUUACAGCUUCUAAAAGACUUUCUCAACAAAUCUACGUGUCUAUUUUAGAAUGGGGUAAUUAAGCAAUCAGCUAGAAAGUUUUACUGUUGUUCAAUUUCAUAAGUGUUCAGUAUCCCUAUUCAUUAUUAAGCUGAAAAAAAAAUGUGUGUUUACUUUUAAAAUGUCAAGCUUUAUUAUAGAAAGUUGUGCUAUUAAAGAAAUUGUAUUAACUUUAGAUUCAACUUUUGGUAAAAGAUGGCAAUAGGUUUGUCCAUAUAUUAGGUUUUUUUUUUUUUUAAUUGCAUUAAAUCCUAGUUCAAUGUGAUUUGGUUUUAAAGUCUGUGUAAAGUCAAUGUGUCGAUUGUAUCCCAGGCCAUGUUGAGCCAAUGUGAACCUAGCCACUGUAAAUAUCUAUUCCACUUACGUGUCACGUGUGUGCAUGUUCUCGUCUGGGACUUAGUCUGACAUCUCUGAUGUAUCUGGAUUGUAGAUUCCAUCCUAGGGACCAACUAAAAAGAAACGGUAGUUAAAAACAAAAAAUAACUAUAAAAUGAUGACCAGAUGUGGUCAUCUUGAGUAGCAAGCACUGUCUUCAAAUGUUUACACUUAGAUAGUUUCAUUUGUAAACAAAUGUUGUUUUUUUUAAUGCCACGUUGUAAUGUAUGUGCCUUUUUAGGAUCACACGUGGGGGGGGGGGUGUUGAUGUGAAUGUCCCACAUUGACCUGAGAUGAUGUGCUAUUCGUAAUCCAUUUGGACCUUACCACUGGAUAUACUCUUUGUUGUUCUGUUUGGGUGUCAGCGCGGACCAACUUCAAAAGUCUUUAUCUAUCAGGGACCUGGUUUGGUUAUUAACAUACUUUUGAUUGGCUUUGAUAAUGUCCAAUAAUAGUCCCAUGUCUCUAUUGUCCAGUGAUGGUUGCUAUAGAAAUAUACAAUAAAAUUAGAAUAUGUUCAUUAAAGUUGUAUUUUUUUAAACAGUGCUUCCGACACUAGAUUUUAACAGCAACAAAUGGCAUGAACAGAUGAAAUAGAAACUGUAACGCCUGUAUUUCGCAAUAUGUUAUUGUGACAUUCUCGUUUUUUUUUUAGGAGCUGGACAUUGUCCGAGACAUUAGUCUGGACCAAUGUCAGUUUUCUUGGUCAUACGAUGUGUUUGAUUAAUCUAGGCUGUCAAGUAGGAAACAUGAAUCGGACACGGCUUUCUUUUCAUGCGCUUCUGAAUUCUUAUAGGAAAAUUUUUUGUUUGGAAAUAUUCCUUUCAUUGUAUUCUUGUGCACAAUUACAAACAAGAGUCGACUAAUACUAAGGGCUAUUUACACGCCCAAGAAGAAUACUUGUUUAUUCGAAACCUAUUAUGACUUGAAAGUUGCUGCGCUCUUCUUUUUCAGAAUAACAAAAUUGUUUUUUGUGGGUGAUAAGGUCACACUUGGAGAUCACGGCUUCCUGUAUUGUGUAUAUAUUGUGUGCUGUUGUUAGACCCGGUGAAAUAUGCCCUGAAGAAACAUGCUGACAUUGUAUUCUGUGGGCUACGUUGACAUUCAACGAAAAACUGAAGUUUUUAUAUUAGGAAAACGCUAAAUAUGUCAAUGCUGAACCUGGUCUGGUAAUUUCAAUGUGACGUCCGUGCGUAAUUCAUUGAUCAGUGCUGUGAGAGAAAACUAUAUAAGAAGAAGAAAAUGAAGAUUCAUAGAAUUCUAAUAUUGAUUGCUAAAAUAUGUAGCCUGUUUUGUCUACUUGAAUAAGGCAGAAAGGUGUUAUAUACACAUAUUGUCAAAUAUAUUGUUUUAGUUUUGUUUGUGAUAAUCUCGUGUGUUAGUUGUUAUGAAACACAAACACACUGCCAGAUUUGAAUGUGCAAAAAAAAAACAACACACUUUGCUGUGAUGUAUGUACCAACAUUUUUGACCUAUUUUACUGAAUUGUUGCUAGAUCAAAACAAAAGUUGUAAGACAUGAAGAACAUUGUAGAAUGUCAAUUUAGCGUCUGAUUUUCUAUACACCUGACACACUUAUCUGAGCUAACUCUUUUCGAUUUUCUAUUCAACUAGCGCAGAGACAGAGAGAAGUCAGUAGUUCAUUGAUCACGACUGAUAGCAGAAAGAAACAUGAAGAGACUAUUCCCUAUUAUCAGAGAUUUAAAGAUCCACAUGUAAAUUUAUCAAUUCCGUAAUUAUUUUUUUUAAAGAGUGGUGCCAAAUAGCCUCUAUCUACUUCUUAUCUAUGAGCUAGGGAAUUACUAUGGUCCUUUUUUUUGUUUAAAAUGUGUUGAGCCAGAUUUUUUUUUUUCUUACUAUAUUAUUAAGAUUGUAGUCUUAAGCAAAAUCAAUAUGACAACCUGUGAUUUACAAUUGGACACUACACUAAUUGGAGUAUAUACUAUAUUGAUACUGCAUGGGGGCCCUGGCAGGGUCUUUGUUCACAUGAAUCUAUGGAAGUGUUUGUUUUUAUUAAUGUUAAAACACUUGAUUUUAAAACUGGUUUUUCCAAAAUGAGUUUACUGCACUGAAAUUUGUAACAAAUUUUUUUUUUUUUACAAACACAGUGGGCCAUAAUGUUAUACAUAGAUCUAGUAUUUUAAGACCUGUGAUACUAUUUGAAGUACUGAAUAGAAAGAAUUUCUUUCCAUGGGUCUUGGGCGUUAGGAGAGUUAACAUUUGGUGGCUACUCAGAAAAUGGAAGGAGAUAAGAACCUGAGAUGAACUCCGAUUGGGAACAAAGCAGCAAGGACUAGUCCUCCCGUAGUACGCUAGCCAGAAACUAGGACGUACUGCGUCAUAGCGAGACCAAUAGUUAUAGUAGGCCUCUACACUGACCUGCCACGUCGCAACCUGUGGGCAGUGGAGUCGCCACGUCGUACACCUGUGACGUGGCAACUAGCUAUUGGUCUCCACUGGCCACAAGAUGUGACGUUACAGUUCAGUGUUCAGGCCUUUUAUGACGAUUGGUCUCGCUCGUAGCCCCCCUACAAGUCGAGUGACUGUCCACACAUGUCCCCCUUUAGCUCCCGGAGCUGGGGACACUUGUACAAGAUAUGCGGCUCUGUUUCGACGGUCUCUCCACUGUGACGGCAUCGAGAUUCUUAGUUCAGACGGAACCUGGCAAUGUAUGCCCCAACAGGACAGUGUUCCGGCUUACACAACGCAAUGAUUGUAUGACCUCUUCAACCACCACUACGAAUCGGGGUGACAUAUAUACUGCCAGAUACCACGGGCCCUUUCGAAUUAAAAAAAACAAACUAUUCAAUGAGAACCAGACACGCUUAGUUAUUUAAUUGUACUAAUAACAUUGGUUCUAUCAGUUAGCCAGAUUUGUAUUAAUACUUAUACUAUCUUAGUUUUACUCCAAGCCGUGGCAUUGUUUUUGCUCACCGGGCACCCGCUUAUCAGAUGUCAUCCACUGAAAUGAUUUAGAAUGUCAUGCUUGCGCCAAGGACUAGCACUGUAACAGUGGCUCUGUCAAAGGUCAAGUUUCGCCCACCCACAUGUCAUUGAGAAUUGGCAGGAUAUAUGUUAGUAGUCUCCCCCUUAUCCCCGGCCGGUCCCUCUCAGCCUCCCAACCAAAAGCAUGUGCUAGCCUUUGAGAGUGAUGCCCUGAUGUUAUUGUUAAUGCCAUCUCAUUUGUUUCUGUCGGCUAAAUGCUUUGACUUCGUGAUCUUUUUGUUAUAUUGUUCUUAUGAAUUGUAUAUUACAAUGACUGUUGGUGUUCUCUGUUGACCAGUUCAUAGAAUGGAUUGAUCCUAGGAUUGACUUCUUUAGGUUCCAAGUGCCCAUUAUGUUGUCUAGCACAUCAGUUGUUUUCAACACUUAGGUGGGCAGUAAACCACCUGGGUGGAACUAAGUUUUUUAAUGUAAAUAAAAUGAAAUAAAUCCUGUUUACUGAG